AUGAAGUUGUUAGCCAUCGUAGCAUUUGGACUCUUAGCAGCCCGAUCGGAAGCCUGUAAGUACUUACUUAGUAAUAUAAUUUCUAUCCGUCGCCUCGGUUAUAGCAUAUUAAAAUAAUAAUAUUAAAACACUUGUGUUUUACGCGAACAAAAAAUAAUAUACUCGCUUAAUUUAUUUUAAACGUGCUUUUUGAAGAAAACUUAAUGUCAAUAGUUAAUAUUAUUAAAUAAUAAUAUAUACCUACAUUUUAAAGUUAAUACACCGUGUAGAUCAAUUAAGAAAAUAUAAUUUUUUUUACAAAAUAUACUUACCUUUUUUUUUUUUCAAAAAUAGUCAUACAUAUUUAAAUAUCGUAUAUUAAUUUAUAACCGCUUCGCUUCUGAACAUAUCUUAGUUAAUAGUUAGAUUUUUUUACAUUAGUUUUAAAAUAAAUUAUAUACUAAAUUUAUUUCAAAAACCGUUUGGCUUUUAAAUUAUAUUAUAAUACUUAUAAUAUGAUUAUAAAACUAUUCAAUGUUUUAAUAUUGUCGUUGUAUACGAGUAUGAAAAACAAUUUUUCUAGAAAUAAAUUACGUCUAGUUAUUAUUUCAGAAAAGAACUAUGACUUAUUUCAGUCAUAGAAACUAGAAAAAUAAUCAUAAUAUAAUAUUAUUUUAAUAUGUAGAAGGGAAUGAAACUCGUACCUAAUUAUUUAUUUUAUGUCUAUUUCUCGAAAUUAGAUUUAAUAAUUUUUAUUUGUAUGUUGUCAGUUUUCGGUUUUUCGGGCCAGAAUGCAAACAGCCAAUUUGACGCACUAGAAUCGAACUCGGAUUUCAAUAGUCAAAAUAAUGAUUACACUCUGAGUCAGAGACAAUCUGCAGAAUUACAACAGGGCAACCAAGAUACUGCAUACAACCGCGAUAAUAUAAAUCAAAAAGACCAAAAAAACCAACCAUACCAACAAUACGCUCAAUACAAACAAAACCAACAAAAUGAUCAAUUCCAACAAAACGACCAAUACAAACAAACCCAACAAUUCCAACAAAAUGAAAAAUUCCAACAAUACGAUCAAUACAAACAAAACCAACAAAACCAACAAUACAAACAAAAUCAACAAGGUCUUAACGAUGAGUACAUCGAGUCAAAACGGAACGUUCAAUCUAGUGUUUUAUCACAGAACCAAAACAAACAGAUGGGACAAAACAGCCAAGAAUCUGUUGACGCAGAGGAUAACCAAUGGGCAAGGUCGGAUUUCAGCGGAUCCCAAAACAAUAGAAAUAACGAGGAACAAAACUAUCAACAAACUCUGAACAAAAAAUACCAAAACACCCCAGUCUCCGAAUAUUCUUCUAACUUUAACAUUGCUGAAUCCAAAUUUUCUUCAGAAAUUGGCUUUCAAGAAGAUUACAUCAAAGAACAGAGUGGAAUAAGCGAAGUCGCUGACAGUAUUGGACACAAUGUUGCACAAAAAAUGGUCAAAUUUUUCAACAUCGUCGAGAAAUAUGCUGAUCGUGACGGAACCGUCAAAGUCCAACAAGCUCGAGAACCACUCAACUUGAGACAUUUCACUUUGUCAUUGCCCAACCAUAAAUUCUUGAAUAUAAACAAUAGCUACGUAAAUGGCCUUAACCAAGGAAUCGUCAAGGAAAUGUACUUCAAUGCUGAAAGCAAAAGUGUAAGUUUAUACUUAUAUUUUGUUGACUGUGAUUUGAUUUGUCUAAUAAUAUUUUAACGAAUUUUGUACAGGUCGAAAUGAAAUACUUUUUUGAUAAAUUGUCAGUGAACGGUAACGUCAAAGCCGGCGCAGGACAAAAAAAAUCGUUCAACUUGAAGAUAAACAACGCCAACGUUAACAUUUCAACUGAAUUGCAAAACCGCAACCGGAAUAAGAACAACUGUCGUUCGUCCAUCGAAAACACAGAAUUAAACUAUCUGAACUUCCAACAAUCGUCGUCGUUCGAGGAUUCGUCGAUAAAUGAAAGCAUUAAAAGCCGGUACGUCCAGUUCAUGAGCAGAGCCGUCGAAAGUGAAUUGAUCGAAAACUGUAACAACGGUUUGGUAGCCUGUUUAAAAUACGAAAUCGAAACUCCAUUCAAACUCCCAUCGAACUACAACGCGGAUCUAAUGGUCGCCAACAAGAAAUCCAAACUGUCCGUGUCUUUUGAGAAGACCCAAUCAUGGACUGAUGAACAGACCACCGAUCAACGGAAAGUUGAUUUCGUCGGUUUCCGCAAAAACAUGAACGGAAACGGUUAUCAGUUGAAGGUCAAGGUCGUUCUAGCUACACGGCCCGCAUGGAAAUCGGACGUUAUCGCCAAAAAAGGACCCCUAGAGGUCACUGUCAGAAAUGUCAAAUUCCAAGCCCAACACAUUUUCGCCUCGGCUGUCAUGGAACGCGUACAACAGCAAAACGGUGAAUACAAAUUCCAAGUCCAGGACGCCAAGAUAGAAUUGGACGGACUCAGAUACGACUUCGCGAAAUUCAGCGAGUCCCAGAACGAAAACCAAAAAUUCACCAGAGAAGUCGGACAAAACCUCCGAAGAAUUAUCGAAAACGGUAUGAGUGCAGCUCUACAACAAAAUCUGUACACGCAACAAGAGAUUUGCAGUUCGGGCGUUACAAACGAUUGCGCCAGAUGCAACCAACAAAACGCACCGCGAUUAUAA